AUGAAGCGCCUCACACCGCUCCUCCUCGCCGCCAUAGGCACCGCGGCAGCCCAGACCACCACCAAAAUCGACGUCGUCGUGCCGUACAUGGGCGAAUCGUCAUGGCACGUCUCGGUCGAGGACGCCAAGCCCGCCGCGACCACCUACAUCCUGGGCUGCGAGGUCGACAUGGCCAGGACGGGAUGCGCGUCGGACGACGACUCGGUCAUGAACGGUGCGUGGGACGGCCUCACCAUCAUCAGCGGGCCCAAGACCUUUGCGGUGCAUCACAGCUUCAGUGACCGCGACAUGUCCAUCGGCUACGAGGGCUCCACGGUGGGCAACGAGAUGCGCUACAUGGAGAUCCAGACCAUGAACGGCGCGACGGUGCGCAUGGGCAGCUUCAACGGCGACAAGCGCGCCAUGACGGUCCACCUCACGGCGACGGCCGGCCUCGAGAAGCUGGCGGCGGCCGCGACGAUGGCGCCGGAGACGGGCGUCUCGAGCGGGCUGGCUUCGGCGACGAGCGGCACCGGAUCGGCGGCGGGACCCACUCCGACGCCCAACGCCGGGUCCGGGCUCCGGGUUGCGAGGGCGGAGGUCCUGGCGGGUGUCGUCGGGGUUGCUGUUUUGGGAGUGAUGAUGAUUUGA